AGAAGUUUUAAGACGAUAAGAUCCAUUCGUGCGGAUUCUCUUUGCACUGGGAUUUUCUCCGAACUUCAGAAGAGAGAUAAUCCUUAACGGGGAGGCCUGGCUGUUUCGAGGUCGCUCAGAGGCACCUUGUUCGUGGAACUGUCCUAGGUCGGGUUAGCUCCUGGGGAAUUGCCAUGGCCACUUACGCGACGUACAGACACGUCGAGCUUGACAACGUUGGAUACGGAAAGAAAAGGGUGCUAAAACCGCCCGGUGGUGGGAGCAGCGAUAUUUUCGGCGCGGCCCCGGAAGAAACGAGCCCACGGCGCAUCAAGGCCCAUAAUCAGUCCCAGCUGAGCUCGGCCCUCUUCGGUGACAUCAACGGCACCGACGGCACCAACGCGAACGCUGCUGUGUCGCCCCGCAGCAACAAGCCCGGUAAUGAUUCAUACAAACGCCUGUUUGGCCCCCCCGAUGCCCCAUCCACCCCAAACGCGAGAAAUCACAUGCGCAGCAAUAUUCCCCUCAGCGGGGGAUCGUCGAUCUCGUCGCUAUCGUCGGGCAGCGCAAUGUCGCCCGCGAAGAGCACGGCCAGCAGCAAUUCGACGUCAGGCAUCGCCAACGGCUAUGCCAGCAACGGCAGUAACUCCUUCAAUGAUAUGGCAGCUUUUAGGAGAAAGAAACGAUUUCGAGGAUUGCCGACGCGCAACCCAGUCACCGGAGACGGAAUCGAGGUGACGCCUGCGAGGCGCAUCCCACGAAAGUAUCGAGAUGGCAACCCCGUAACCGGAAUCGGCUACGCGUCCGAAUCGCAGAAGAACGGACCAGCCAUGCUGAACGGAACCGCCAGCUCGAAUUCCAGCAGCAGCGGCGAGAAGUCGAACGACACGUCGCCGGCGACGGCGAAGCCGCCGACGCGCACUCGCGUCCCACCCGGUGGCUAUUCAUCCGGACUCUGGUAAAGAGUGACGUCGCCGACGGGGGGUUGUGACCUGUUCCCCUUCCCCCCUUUUUCGAAGGGGAAUAUCUCGAUUAAUUCUUUCGGCCCUGUACUCUUAACCCAUUAAAGCCCGCAAAUCCAUCUAUAGAGCCUUCUAAUCGUCGUCCAUACAGUAUUCUAAACGAAAGUCUAUUUUACCACCGUCUACCUGCAGCAGGGUAAUAUCUUUUCUAUCGUUUUUCUAGAGAUACGAGAUAAUAGAAAGAGAGGCAAGGUAUCUAAUAAAUCAUGGGCUUUAGUGGAUUAAUGCUACACAUCACUCUUGCUUUGUACUAAUUCAAGGAAAUAUACAGAGAAAAGUAAGAACGAACUUUUUUUAGGCUUCUUGAUUCUCGAAGUAACUCUUUCGGCCUUCGGAGAGAACAAUAAAAUUAAUUUCGCACGUAACACGUGCUGAUGAGGAAUCGCUUCUUUCAAACGAAGACAUUCAGCGAUGUUCAAUUAUUAUUGUCGGGGCCAAGAGAGUUCAAUGAAAGGGCGGAUAAAAAUAUUGAAAAAUCGUGGAUGUGUUAAUUCCUCAAUAAUUCGCAACACAGAAACGAGCAGUUGGUCGCGUUUGACCAAAUAUACAAUCGAUAAAUUUAAUCCCUACCAAACGGUAGGAAUUGUAUAUUUAAAUUUAUCGAGAUUAAAUACAUUCCUGAAUUUUUUGAACUUCAGUCUUGUAACAUACCAAUUCUAUUUCGCGAAAUAUUAAUUACUGCAUGAGAUCGAUUGCAUCGAAUAGAAAAUAGAGAAUGAGAGGAUAAAAGCAGUCUAACAAAUUAUGAGUAUAACUGUUACAUAACAGAUGUAAAAGAUACAUAUUUACAUAUAUGUUAUGUAACAUUAUAUUCACAGUUUGCUGAGAAAAAUGUUUCCAGAUAUUUAAGCUUCCGCAGCAUUUCUUCAGCGUGAACGACGCGUAAAGAUGCGUAAGUACGAGAAUUAAUAAAUCCUGGAUUCUUUGAAAUUCCUUGUAAAUUACGGUCCUUCAGUCAAGAACUAUACGGCACGGGCUUUAUUGCGUAACUGUAUAAAGGUAGUUAAAGCGAUCAUCGCGCGUAAAGUGUACACCUUCGACUAAAACACCGUACGAUUUGCGAGUAAUAAAUCACUUCGUUAAGAAUUCCCUCGCGAUUCCCUCGGCGAAUAAUUUACAUAUAGGGUGUGUUUCGUUUUUACUGGAAGUGCAGUAAACGUGACAUCGAUAGUACAGAUUUUUUUAAUUUUAAGUAAAAAAGUAAUAAUAAUGACGUCUUUAAUUUAUUUCUUACAUUAUCUUUUGUCUCACUCAAACAUAUCUCAAGCAUACAUAUAUCUGUCCUUAUCUAACAUAUUGCAACGCCGUCUCUUACAAGAUCGAACACCUGCUAGACACAAUUACUGCUUUUGUUUAUCAUUUCGAAUCUUUGUUCAGCAUUCGUAUACACGUAAUUUGCAGAUUGAUAUAAGUCUUUUUUUAACUCGAAGAGUUGUUAGCUGACACGUAAAUUUUUCCUUAAUACAAAGAUUUUACAGCUUGUAUAAACCAAACGACAGUUCAACCAAGCGUAUUACGUAAACAAACAAUACUGAAUUCACAAAACUCUAAGAUUGAAAACUCCAAAAAAUAGAUUUUUAUUGAACUGCAAAUUACGUAUAUUUGUUUACUCAACAUGAUAACAAACUAAAAAUUACAUCUAACAGUAGUUGCUCGAUUUUAUCCGAGAUGACAUUGCAAUAUGUUAAAUAAGGAAAGAUGAAUGCGUUUGAGUGAGACAUAACGAUAUAUAAUAUAAUAUUAGAAUGAAUAUUAGAAAUUAAUGAAAGUCACUAUUAUUGAAUUUGGAACCAAAAAAGUCUGUACUAUCGACCUCAAUCAAGUUCGACCGUCACUCCAGCAUCCCUUAAGAGCCAAAUAGCGUGCGCGCACGCACAAAAAUAGCUCUCGGUGCAAGCGAAAACAUCUAUUUUAAAAUUAAAGUAUACUUUUCUUCUUCUCUUAUUAUGGCUCCUGUUCAUUGACAUGUAUUCCCGAUUUCCAAUACGGGUUCAAUACGGCCAGUGAAAUCGACGAAAAAAACACACAA